AGGGUUUUCAUCUUGAUCUUUGCUUAUUUGAUAGAUGUUUUAUCAGCGGCUUCAGAUCUGAUUACUGAUAAUUUGUUUAUAAUACGUACUUUUGAUUGCGAUUAUGCCUCGAUACAUCUACUAUACGUUUAUCUGUUUGGGCUUUUGUUAUCUUUCUUUUUUUGUGUCAAUGACUUGAUUAUUUCUGCCACUCAGAUUUUCGACGAUGCGAACAAGAUAAUACCAUCAUAAUUUCCUGCAGGAGAUGAUGUUAGUUUUAUUUUUUAUUUUUUUAAAAAAAGAUGGUGAUUACAAUUUACGAGAUUGAAAUUAGGCUAAAUGCAAACAUUCUAGAAAUGCAUGAUCAAUGAGGCAUGGAGACAUAAUAUAUGUUUGGAAAGUAUUGUGACUUCCUGCAUGGGGGGUUGAAUAUCUAGGAAGGCGUCUCCCUUUUGAAGAGAAAAUCAUGGACCCUGCAGAACGAAGGUACUUGGAGGAUGAGGAUACACCAACGAUGAAAACUUUGAAAGGUGCAACGACUGGUUUAGUUGCUGGUACCAUCUGGGGAACCAUAGUUGCAACUUGGUAUGAUGUUCCUCGUGUUGAGAGAAAUGUUGCUCUUCCGGGGUUGAUGCGAACUUUGAAGAUGAUGGGCAACUAUGGGAUGACAUUUGCUGCAAUAGGAGGAGUCUACAUAGGGGUAGAGCAAUUGGUGCAGCACUAUAGGGCAAAGAGGGACUUUAUUAAUGGGGCGGUCGGUGGUUUUGCUGCUGGGGCUACUAUUCUGGGUUACAGAGGUAGGAGCAUCUCAACCGCAAUUUCUGCGGGAACAGCAUUGGCAGUGACUUCAUCAAUUAUUGACAUUGGGGGUCAGACUACAAGAAUUGACAACGGGAAGGAGUACUAUCCUUACACCACCAAGAAAAGAUCGGAUGCUGAUUCAUGAAGAACUGGUCCAUAUGAAGACGUUUUAACUUGAUGAGAGGGGCGGAUCACUCGUGUUUUCCGAGUUGGGGUUACAUCCUCAGCCGUCUUUUGAUAUCUUUUCGGUUGUAAGUUGGUGCUCGUGAACUGGUUGAUUCCAAUAAAUGCUGUUUAAUGCAUCAUUCCGAAUUAGCCAAUGGUCGGGAUUCUUUUUAAGGAUGAGUGCCACUGAUCGACGAGGAAACUUCGCAGAGCUCGGCGAUGUAUGUUAAUUUUUCGCGUUGUUUUUUUUGAUGUGGAAUGAUCGCAAGAUACGUUCAGAUGAUCCCA